CUUUUUCUCUUUGUAAAUGCUGUACUUGAGUGAUGAAUGGUGGAUGUACAUUCUGUUAUACAUAAUUCAGACACUAUUCCAUUUGGAAUUGCACUGGAAUGGAGGCAUUGAUAAUUUCCAAGUAAAUGAAUAUGCGUGAUAAAAUGAGGAAAUGGAGGGAAGAAAACUACCGGAACAGUGAACAGAUAGUGGACGUUGGAGAAGAGUUAAUUAAUGAAUAUGCAUCUAAACUUGGAGAUGAUGUUUGGAUAAUAUAUGAACAGGUGAUGAUUGCUGCCCUGGACUGCAGUCGAGAUGAUUUGGCAUUGUUUUGUCUUCAGGAACUAAGGCGGCAGUUUCCUGGGAGCCACCGGGUUAAACGAUUAACUGGAAUGCGAUUUGAAGCUAUGGAAAGGUAUGAUGAUGCUAUCCAGUUGUAUGAUAGAAUUUUACAAGAAGAUUCAACUAACACAGCAGCAAGAAAGCGUAAGAUUGCCAUUCGAAAAGCCCAGGGGAAAAAUCUUGAGGCCAUCCGAGAGCUGAAUGAGUAUCUGGAACAAUUUGUUGGAGACCAAGAAGCUUGGCAUGAACUUGCAGAACUUUACAUCAAUGAGCAUGACUACGCAAAAGCAGCCUUUUGCUUAGAGGAGCUUAUGAUGACUAAUCCACACAACCACUUAUAUUGUCAACAAUAUGCUGAAGUUAAAUACACUCAAGGGGGGCUUGAAAACCUUGAGCUAUCGAGAAAGUAUUUUGCACAAGCACUGAAGCUUAACAACAGGAAUAUGAGAGCUUUGUUUGGACUUUACAUGUCUGCCAGCCAUAUUGCUUCCAAUCCAAAAGCAAGUGCAAAAAUGAAAAAGGAUAAUAUGAAAUAUGCCAGCUGGGCAGCUAACCAAAUAAACAGAGCAUACCAGUUUGCAGGUCGCAGUAAAAAAGAAACUAAAUACUCUUUGAAGGCAGUGGAAGACAUGUUGGAGACCCUACAAAUCACUCAGUCUUAGGUUGGCGCAGAGAUCUGAUAUUAACUUUUCCAGUUCCACGAUCAACCUGUAAUGACCUGUGGGUUAUGUUACUCUAGUUCUGAUAAAAGUUAAUUUUGUACUGGUUAACAUGCUAUCAAAUGAAAAGUAAAAUGCCUAUUUAUUGCUGCUAUGAGAAAUGUGAUACUCACUGAAAUUAAUAACUUAUCCAUGAAGACAACAUAAAGAAAUGACAUGCUGCACAUCAAUCUCCUUAGGGUUUUUUAUCCACAAUAUCUGCUUUUAAGCCAUAAUUUGUAGAAAUAAACUUGUUAAAUGAUUAAAAAAAAAUACAGUGAUUUAUUUGACUUGGAAAUGGAAAUUACGAAUUUAUAUAUGUAGAUGAAUAACGUAUGUUAGAUUUUUUUAUCUUAUUUGCAUAUUUAAGAGUAAAAACAUGCUACAAAUGUAGAUUUUCUCAUAAAUAUUUACCAUACAUCAAGAAGUGAUUAUGAAUAUACUUUAUUAAAGAAAAAAGUUGAUGUUAAUGGUUUUAUUAAUGAGUUAAUAACCAGUAUUGUAGAAACGGAGAAAACUUACUUGUGUUCUUUGCUUCAGAGGAGCUCGUGUACUGGCUUAAGGACAAAGACAUUCUUCUGUGUGGCUUUGUGGGCAAAUGCUUCCAUGUCCGUGUAGUUUUCCAAUCAAUACAUGCAUAUGCACUA